AUGAUGGCGAUCGUUGAUGAAAACUAUAAAAAUAACAGACAGGAAGAAGCACUACAAUUCAUAGGAUAUAUAUCAUUUGAUAAAAUUAACCAAAUGAAUAAUAGGAUGCUAAAAAAUAUUGAUCAAAAUAUUAAUACCUCUAUAGAGUUGGUAGAGAACGUUAAGGAUAGGUUUUCUAAAGACGACCCCUCUGUUAACUAUAAGAGAGGAGAAAUAACCUCAAAUUAUGACUCCCAAAAGUAUAACGCUCAGUCGCCAUCCAUUUCCAAAACGUUAAAUUAUUUUCAAUCCCAUGAAAAGAAUGUUAUUAUGGUUGAUGACCAGCCUUUAAUACUAACCAACACUAACCACUUCUCUCCCGACUAUCCUCCAUUUUACCGCACUUAUAAAUAUGACCAUCGUCUAAAUGAAUUGGGCGCCAAUGAUGUUGUAAGCGCUAUGGUUCAAAAUGAAAUAAACGAUAACAAUGAUUACUUUAACUGUGAAUUGGAGUACGUAGAAAAAAAAACAAAAUUUCUUCAUUGGUAUGAUUAUGUAUUGUAUCAUUUAUUUAGUAUUGAUCGUCUAGGCUAUUUUAAGCUUGAAAUAUGGCGGCAAAAAUAUCAACAUUCACCUUGGAAAUCACAGAUUAACGAUAGAUUAUUCAAUGCGGACACCAAUUCAAUAAACGAAUCUAUGGGUGAUGAAGAUUAUGAUCCUGAAUCUUUGAUAAACACAAGAUCAACCAACAAAUGGUCAAAUUCCAAAAGAAGUGGAUUUACAUCUUUGAGAUCAUUUUUUGGAAUGGUUUAA